CUUUAUCAAAAAUGCAUCCUCUAACCCCUUUCGCAGCUUCCAUUUAAACGCGAAGACACGUGUCCAACACUUUACAUGCGUCUACUUAGGAUAACACAUCCGAAGGACCAAACAUGAGCCAUAAUGUCAAUGAGGGGGGUCAACCCUCCACCGGAGAUGUCCUUCACACCAUUGGCACACAAACUCAGGAGAAGAAGAAUAGGAAGAAGAGAGCUUGUCUUCGGAAAACUGAGGACACAAGGCUGAAGAAAAUCAAGGUUACAAGCUCUUCGAUAGAACUGUACAACAAGUACAUCACCGCCAGAUGUUUAACGCCUCCCAAAAAAACUGAUAAAAGGCCACCUUUCAUCGAUUACGGUGGGUACCAUAUAUCAUAUGAACACUUCCGUGACGCACUCAAGCCACGCGGAUGGGUUGACACCCAUACAAUGGAGCUCUACAUUCGCCAGUUCAACCUUCAACAAACAAUGGAAGCAUGCAGCUCUGCCCUUCCUACCAAAUACGCCUUCUCACAGUCCUUGACGGCAAAACUAAGCGUGCCCGAGGAAAAAUUCGUUGCAACCAACUGCCUUCGUGAAUUCAACAAUGCCUACCAAGAUGGCUCGCUCAAGUCAAAGGAUAUGGUACACUUCUCACGCCAUUAAACACUGUGCUCAUCACUUCAUAUCAAUUUUUCCA